UGAGGAGCAUUUGCAGCAGUAUCUACCCGAGGGCCUCCCUCCUUCAAUGGAAAAAGAGUUUGAGGCCUCUAAGUCCCGUGCCAUUCUUCUUCGGGCAGCCACAAAAGAUUUCAUCCACAAGCUUCAAGCUGCCCGAGAUCACCAGUCCAGCUCAUCAGACUCUAACAGUCUCGUGGAACCUACCGACAGCCCUGAAGGGAAGGUUAAUAAUUCCUCCCCUGGCUCGUUUCUGCUCCGAGGCCAUCCGGGCAGCGGAAAAACUUGUCUCCUGCUGACCUCUGUGCUCUGGGCCCGUGCAAACGGGUGGUUGGUGUUUUACGUGCCCAAGGCAAGAAAAUGGACGAAUAACGGAUUGUACUACAAACAUCCUGAGACUGAAGGAGAGGAGGGGGGAGAGGAAGGAGGGAGGGUGGAGGAUGGAGGAGAAGGGAGGGUGGGAGGUGGAGGGAGAAGAAAGGCGAUUUGGGAUACCCCCGUACAAGCACAAGCAGCACUCAAGUCGUUUCUUGCAGCCCACCAGGAGCUUUUGUCCUCUCUGCCCGUUCAGCUGCCCGAGCCAAUCACUUUAGGGGAGGGGCCAGGCAUCGGCUUGGCUCGGGGCAGCCAGGUCGUAUCGCCGGGCUCUGAUUGGUCGCUGGGAGAUCUCGUGAAGUAUGGAGCGGACCACUCACAUGCUGCCACGAGUGUUGUGGUUCGGCUGAGAGAGGAGCUGGGAAGAGUUACUUCUGUCCCCACCAUGAUUGCUGUGGAUGAGUUCAACGCGUGGUUCACCUUCGCGGGGUACUUCGAGUCAACAGGAGACAGAAGUCGGAGGCAGAUACAUGCUGGAGAGAUGCGCAUGGUGAGCGCCUUCCGUCCCUUGCAAGCCAGGGGCAUCAUGGCAGCUGCAUUCUCUGAGUCCAUAGCAGUGGGGAAGCUACCUGCAGUGCUGCCGGGGGUCCCUAAGGGCGUGCGGGUGACCGUGCCGCGCUUCACUGUCGACGAAACACUCGCACUGCUGCAGCACUACCAGAAGAGCUGCAAGCUCGGCCGUGUGACAGAUAAUGAGGAGGAUAUUAAAGAGGCUGCAGUAGCAGAGCUGCGCAGGCAAGUAGCGGCCAACCCUCCUCCAGGCUUCCCUGCCGACCUGAUAGUCGUCUCCCCCCUGCUCCGCACACUGCAAACAGCAGUGGGCGCCUUUGGCCCUCCUAACACUGCAAUUCCAGUCGACCUUCCCCUGAAAGAAGCAGCUUCCAAGAACUUUCCUGUUGUGGACGGGUUCACAGCAGGAAUCAAUGGGGUGGAAGCGGUUGUACCUGCGACUGUUGUGACGGCUGCUGUAACAGCUGAAGGAGGUAACCAGGUUACCACGACGCCGCCAGCACACAUUCUGGCCAACGAGCUUUGCAGAGAAACGCUGCACGUGCAUGUGUGCGACAAGCGCCGGCCAAUCAGAGAGAAGAAGGGCCUCUUCCCCUCUGUGGACUUCAGUCAGGUCAAGGAGCAGUGUAUAGCAGUUGUCUCGCACAUCAGCUCCUCCAUGCCUUCGCCGCUGUUGGCCUUAUCCCUUCCCCCUCUUCCCUCCCCCCAACCUCUUCUUUACCACACCUCUAUCUCCCCUGCCUCUCUCCUUCCCUCCCACAAGCUGCUCGGACUCAAGGAGCAUUCCAAAGCAGUUGUCUCUCACAGCGGAUUCCUCCAUGCCUUCGCCACUGUUGGCCUUCUCAUCCUUCUCUCUCCCCCCCCUUCCACCAGCUAA